UACGCCCCGCCCGGAUCCCGCAGGACCCGCCCCGCCGCCGGGCACGCCGGGAAGAGCAGUCCAGCCAGCCACGGGGCGGGCGUGCGGCGGCGAUGCGAAGCCGGUCGGGCUCCUUCGUGGACCUGCGGCUGAAGCAGCGCGUGAAGCAGUACCUUGCAAGCAGCAAGUGUGGCCAUUAUGUGGACAUUGGGAUCCUGGCCUCUGAUCUGCAGAAAACCUAUAGUACUGAAUAUGGACGAAGAAAACGAAAUGCUUUUAGAAUACAAGUUGCAAAAGUGUUUGGAAUAAUCAGCAAUGAAAAAAAAAAAGAAGAUUUAACAGCUUUAGAAGCUGAACAUUUGGCAAAAAGAGCAAAGCAUGAACACAAGAGAAAUGAGACUACAGGAAGUUCUACAGAGGACUCUGAGGAUGAUGAUUAUCCAGAAGAUUUAUCUACAAAUCACAUGAACAGUUCUCUGAUGACCUUAUACAAGAAAGGAAAUCCUGAUUCUGUUCUAGUCACUCCAAAAAAUGAACCAAUGGAAGCCUCCACUCCUGUGCAAACAGCUCCUCAAACAAGCACCCUUUCACCAGCAUCUCAGGUUGAAACACGCAUCUCUAAAGGUGGCUGGUUCAUCGAUAAGACUCCAAGUGGGAAAGACUUUUUCAUUGACCUUUCUGAGGACGGAGAAGGAGAUGAGAAGAAAGUGAUUUCUGAGAAAUCAACAGAAUUUUCUGUCUUGGAAAGUGAAAAAAAGAAGGCGAAGGGUAAAAGAGCAAAAAGGAAAAAAGAAGAAUUUCCAGAUGUAGAUGAAGAAAUUGAAUCCAUCUUACUUAAAGGGAAAGGUAAAAGUAAGGGACCAGAGCUUUACCGCCCAUCAGUGAAGUUUGAGGAUGUAGGAGGCAACGAUGAAACUUUGAAGGAAAUAUGCAAGAUGCUGAUUCAUGUUCGUCAUCCUGAAGUCUAUCUCCACUUAGGUGUGGUUCCACCUCGUGGUUUUCUUCUACAUGGACCACCAGGAUGUGGAAAGACACUACUUGCACAGGCAAUUGCUGGGGAACUUGAGCUCCCAAUGCUGAAAGUGGCAGCAACAGAAAUGGUGUCUGGAGUGUCGGGAGAAUCUGAGCAGAAACUGAGAGAAUUGUUUGAUCAGGCUGUGCUCAGUGCACCAUGUGUCCUUUUCAUUGAUGAGAUUGAUGCAAUCACCCCCAAAAGAGAAGUUGCUUCAAAGGACAUGGAACGGAGAAUUGUUGCCCAGCUCCUAACUUGUUUGGAUGACUUGAAUAACGUGGCUGCCACAGCCCAGGUCCUCGUUAUUGGAGCAACUAACAGACCUGACUCAUUGGACCCUGCGCUGAGGCGAGCUGGGAGAUUCGAUCGAGAGAUUUGUUUAGGGAUACCAGAUGAAGCAGCAAGAGAAAAAAUUCUUCAGACGCUGUGUCGAAAACUUAAGCUCCCCGAGUCCUUUGACUUUCUUCAUUUAGCACAUCUGACUCCAGGUUAUGUGGGUGCUGACCUGAUGGCACUUUGUCGCGAGGCAGCCAUGUGCACAGUGAACAGGGUGCUGAUAAAAUCUGAGAAGCAGCAAAGGAAAUAUGCACAGGCUGGAGGAAACACAGCUGAAGAAAGCGUGGGAAUAGAAACAGAGAUCCUGGUGAAAGAGAACAGCAAACAGCUUCCUUCUAAGGAAGAAUUACAGAGACUUUUGGAUUUGCUGAAGAAGCCAGAGCCCUUGCCUGAGGAACAGCUGCAGAAGCUGUGCAUUGAGAUGAAUGAUUUCAUUGUCGCACUGUCAUCAGUGCAACCCUCUGCCAAGAGAGAAGGCUUUGUCACAAUUCCUGAUGUGACAUGGGCAGAUAUUGGAGCCCUGGAGGAUGUUCGGGAGGAGCUGACCAUGGCAAUAUUGGCACCUGUGCGGAACCCAGAGCAGUUUAAAGCUCUGGGCCUGACUACUCCAGCUGGUGUUCUGCUUGCAGGGCCUCCUGGUUGCGGUAAAACACUCUUGGCUAAGGCUGUGGCAAAUGAAUCUGGGCUGAACUUCAUAUCUGUGAAAGGUCCUGAACUGCUAAAUAUGUAUGUUGGUGAAAGCGAACGUGCUGUACGUCAAGUAUUCCAGCGUGCCAGGAAUUCAGCCCCUUGUGUUAUAUUCUUUGAUGAAGUUGAUGCUUUGUGCCCUCGGAGGUCUGACCGUGAAUCAGGAGCCAGCGUUCGAGUAGUGAACCAGUUACUCACAGAAAUGGAUGGGCUGGAGAAUCGCCAGCAGGUUUUCAUUAUGGCUGCCACAAACAGGCCAGAUAUCAUUGACCCAGCUAUCCUGCGUCCUGGUAGACUGGAUAAAACACUCUAUGUGGGAUUGCCACCUCCUGAAGAUCGCCUUGCUAUUUUAAAGACAAUCACCAAGGAUGGCACCCGGCCUCCGCUAGAUACAGAUGUAAACCUUGAAGAAAUUGCUUACAGUCAACAAUGUGAUUGUUAUACAGGUGCAGACCUUUCUGCUUUAGUGCGUGAGGCUUCGAUCUGUGCGCUGAGACAGGAAAUGGCCCUGCCAAGCACUGAAAGCAAGAAAGGAGGAAUCAAGAUUUCCCAUAAACACUUUGAAGAAGCUUUUAGAAAAGUGAAAUCUUCAGUAUCAAAAAAGGAUCAAAUAAUGUAUGAAGAACUGCGUCAGUCACUGUGCAGGUGAUACAUUUUCUCCUAGAAGAGACUUCUGCAGAGAAUUUUGUAACACCUGUGCCAGAUUUCAAGAUACAGGUUGGAAAGUACCUCAUCUCCCUGAACUUGUCAUCGUGCACCUGAAAAAAAGUCACUGUAAUCUACUGUUGUAAGCAAUCCUUAAACUAUUUAUAGAAUAGAAGAUGCAAUAUACGUUUUCUACUCAUCGUAUUUACAGUUUAAAAAUAAAUGCUUUUAGUGCUAAAGAUCUGAGACCAUUCUGCAUUAAUAUUUGGUGUCCUUAAUCAGAAAUCCCUCAGAAGCAGACAGGCUUCUUCCACAUUUCUACUACUCAAAGAGGUAUCUUCAACUAUUAAUUAAAACACCUAUGUUUUCAAGAACAGGGAUUCUGGAAGAAUUACAUGGAGAAGAGAGUUGUGAAAGGAGACUGGGAAUACAGUGCAGUGUGUAACUCUAUUAAUCAUGCUGUUUGGAAAUAGUGAUACACUGAUUGUGCCAGCACAGUUACUCACAGUUUGGCAUACAGUUUUCACCUUACAAAAAUGAGCUAGCCAGAGAUGGCUUAAAAGUUACCCUGGAAAUCUUGGAAAUCUCAGAAAGGGUGUGAUGUUAUGAUUAAGCUACUUAAGAAGUACUUCAAAUUAACUGUUAACAACUGUUAGAAUUGUUAGUGUUAAAAACCCUGAGAAUUCUUACCAACUUGAGUUUCUUAAUUCAGCAUUCUGAUAUCCUCUAGACGAUAUUACUGUUGUAAGAAACAGGCUAAGGAACAGCCUCAAACUACAUUUUUUUACUUUAAGUGAUUAUUAAUUCACAACUGAGAAACAGCUUUAAUCAGCAGAAACACACUUGAAAGAUCUCAUUCUUUUACAUGAUGUAAAAGAGAUUCAUUUUGCUCAAUUUCAUUCUUCCAGCUUAAAGCACUGCUGGAAAUCCAGCUCAAUGGCAUUUUUCAGUAUGUUCUUGAUCAGAUUCUUUCAUUUGUUCUCACAGUUGGGUCUUAACACGAAGUUGUAUGUUUUGAAACAAGAAAAUUUCAUCUUGGAAAGAUGGCUAUAACAUUCAGCAUCAGCAGGCUGGGAAGUGUCUAAGUUAAAAUGCUGAAGCAUUACUGAUGGGGCAACUGAUUUCUGACACCUACUUGCCUUCAGAUUUUUACUGCUGUCAUCAUUCUACAAAGUUCCUUAAAGAGGCAACAAAAGGAACAUUAAUCCCUAUAGCUACCUAUAAUCACUCUUACUCUUCCUAAAGGCAGUCCAACUAUCAGUCAAGCAUCAGAAAAGGAAAUGUUUCUACUAGCAAACUUCACAGAAAGCCUACAAUGGAAUCUGUGUUUAAAGAGCAUGUGCUGAAUCAAACAGCAAUUCUGGAACUGCAAGCAGUUCUGCUUUUAGAAUGAUAGUUCUAGCCAUCAUAGUUUUUGUUUUUUCUUGUUUUCUUUUUGUUUGUUUUUUUUUUUUUUAAACUCACUGGUAACAUGCAUCAAUUUCAAACAAGAAAUAAGCUACAUAUAAAAAUUAGAAGAAAAGUCUGUACCACUGAAGUUGCACCACAAUGCAGAAAUACCUGGCAUCCUUUCUUAGAAAAAGGUGUGGCAAGCAAGCCACUCUUUCACAACUGAAAAUAACCACAUGGAUGUUUUCCUCCAUAUAUCCAUAACAGAAAACCCUGCUAUCAGACUUAAGUAUAGCUAUAGUUAACAAGCUUACAAAUGAGUCAAAUCCUCAAGCCCUGGCAUAUACGUUAAGAAUUCUCUCCUCCUUUUCUCUUGCCAUGAUAUUAUUCCUAUGUAUAUACAAGAAACAAGAAAGCAGGGUAGAAGCAAGAUCAAGAAAGAAAUACUAUGUAAGUAAUAGCUUGUCUUGCUGAAAUAUGUGCAAUGUUCAAGGUGUCUGAUGAUCAUUGCUCUUAAAGUGUGACAUUUGAAAAGUAAACUCAGCGUAGGAAGAUUUGAAAUUGCCAAAAAUUUGAAGUUGAAGUUGCUUACCAUGUCUGGGCUACCUGUUUGUCAAGGAACAGGAAAGCAUUCAGCUGUACUGUUUGACUGCUCACACAAGAAAGUAGCAUACCCACACUGCUUUUUCUUGUGAGGAGUUCUGCUUAGGCUACGACAUUCAUCACUGAAAAACUGUUCAUAAGAAAAAAUGCAAGAUUCUUUGUGCCCAUACAUAAAAAAAAAAAAAUAGACAUCACUUCAAGAACAAGCCUGUUCUUACUGUACAGAGAAGACUUUGUUCUGCAUAUGCAGCUGCUUGCUUAAUAGCAGAUGUAUCUAAAGGAAGUUUUCCCUCUAGUCAUCUUAUUUCUGUUGGGACAAGAUCAAGAAAAAGUUUAUCAUGUCAUUCUUCCCUCCUUUUUCCUGAGGCUAGCCACGGAUCUAAAUCACAAUGAGUCUCUACCGGGGCAUAUUAUGUGGUAGCUUAAGCAUUCAUAGGGAGCGGAGAUGGUUCAGAGAAGUCUCAACACAAAAUCUGCUGGUGUAGGAUCAAUUGGAAAGUUUUGAACAUUUUUCUCCUAAAGAAGUCUUAUCUAUUAUUGCAGGCUUGAUUGAAAUACAGGAUUUGACAGAAUUGCAUAUGUACAGUUACAGAUUGCUAUAAAGGCAUAUCUGCAUGCUAGAAAUACCUUGCUUUGUGCUAAGUACAACAGAAUUUCUUCUGCCCUAAGUCUCAAAACUCAAGUUACGAAAGAGUGCACUUUUCUAAAGCAGUAUCUUUAACAACACAUAAUGCCCUUGCCUGCUAUCUGAAACCAACUUUUCUACUCAUCAUCCACCGGAAUGGGCAUGGCAGCCUGCAGAUUCAUCCAUAGCACUGGCACUUUAAGCAAAGAAGUGCCAGUGACCAAGUACAUGGCACGAGGCCACCUUACUGAUUGUGGAACUUGGUUAUAUAUUGGAAAACAGAUGAAAGUUCCGCUGCAGCACUGCACUUCAUCUGGUGUGAGAACAAAGGGCAAGGGGGCGGAGACACUGCUGAGCUCAUUAUGUAACACUACCUGCUAACCUAGAAAAGAUCAUUUCUCAGCAUUUAUAGAUCUUAAUUUAAAGCACGUGUUAUGUACUUGCAAGCUACAUUUAAAGCCUUAGCAGAAAAGUUUUAAUAUAGAUACAGAACCAGAAACCAUAACUACUUUUCGAUUGACAUAUGGCUCUAAGUAAAAAGACUUGCUUGGAUCUGAAAGUAUGGAGUCAUACAGACAGAAGGGUGCAGCCAUUUAAUCUGGGAUAAUUUGGCUACUGUCCUGCAACAGACAGGUUCCACAGCAAAACUGGAAUGCCAAAGGCAUUUUGAAAGAGGAAUUAAUCUACACCUGUCCUGUGGGAAAACUGCCUUGGAUCAGAUUCCAGGAUGCAUUACUGCACUUAAGCAACUUCAAAUAAUCGGGGGCAGGGGAAGGAAGUGUGGAGAACCAUGAACAGCAAUUUACUCUGAAAACUUUGCUCAGAAAGAGUUGCUCAGAAAGCCCUGAGGGGCAUUCAGAGCUCUGCACUAUUUAACUGCAGCUACAAUACUUGGAUGACAUUUAACAGUUGACCCUUGGUCAGCUGUGUUUUGACAGUUAAACUCCAGGCUGACUUCACAUAAAGGAAAAGUUUAACUGACAACCUAGUAAGAUGCUUUAGUCACACAGGACAGAAUAAACUCAAACAGCUCAUUAAUUCCAUCUGACUAGAAUUAAAAAUAACUGUCAAAGUCCUUAGUGCUCUUUAGGUUGAGUUUCAUCUUCACUGGCUAGUCGAUGCUGCCUCCAACUUUCAUGUUAUGUCUUCCAAGAAUAAUACCAAGCUGCUUCUGCCAGAUACAUUUUAGCAGCAUUAAUGAAGACUAUUUAAUUCCUUAAACAAUAACUACACUUUCCAUAUAAGUAAGAAGUUUGUUAAUGUUUCUUAUUUGUGUUGUACUAUCAGACUGAAAAAUCCUAACAGUUAAGAAUAUAUCUAAUACAAAUGCAGUACUCCCAAAUGAUCUUAAUUUCUUCACAGUGGUUCAGAAGGGCUCUUAACUUUCUCUUUAAGAAUGAAGCUACGCUGCAAUAUAGGUCAGCUUUGAGAUGAUCUGCUUCUAGCACAACACCUGCUAUUGAAGUUAGAUGCAGAUAACUCUUAUGCAAUGCAGAGAUUGGACACCUUAGAAGGGUAGUUACCCAUGCUGGCAAAAACCUAAUGAGUUCAGAUCCAAACAUUAAGUCUUACUGGCUCACAGUAACCUAGUACAAGCAUUCCUCGAAUCAUAGCUAGAGGUUUCAGAAAGAUGAUGGCAAGCAUAGAUAACUUCCUCAGAUCUCUCCACCAUCCUGCACUUCAAGUGUUUGUAAUCAGAGUUGAAAGUAGGCUACUAAGCCUAACAAAAGAAGUUCAUCUCUGAUCUCAGUUUUCCUAGGUAACUAAAGAUAAUUGAUUCAUUCAGUCUUGUAGCUAUAAAACCUUAUGGAAGGACUUCCCAUCCUUCAUUUUGCUAUGGUGAGCCAUCAACACUGAAGAUACUUGAUACCACCAUUCAAUUCCUCACUUGAGCAGACAUACAAAAGGGGCUUAAAAAUAAACUGUUUUACAAUUUAACUCCAUUCAAAUCUUCCAAACCAAAUUUUCUUCAGAGUAGAAAGAAUAGGCAGUAAUUCUUAACAGUUCAUUCCACAAUACCACUCAGUAGGACAGCUCUUCUUGCAGCAACCAUCUGAAUACUAGCUUGAUCUAGAACUUCAGUGUUAAGGGAUCAGUUAAAAACUCACCCAAUAUUACUUCAAUCUUAGCUUUUUAAUCACAUGUAAAAAUACUGAAUAAGGUCUACUUGGACAUUACACUGUACCCUGAGCAAUAUGCUGGCUAACUACUACAUCAUUAGUAUCACAAUGAAGUCAUGUUGUAAAUGGUUGGUUGGCACACCUUCAUACCACUUCUAUUACUUAUCACAUAUAAGGGCCCAGGCUUCUAUAGAAAAAAAAGCAAAAGCUCUAUUAGAAAUAGAACUGCAAUCAAGUGAGGAUUAAGAUGUAAGGAUGUAUGCUUCUCAGGUAUUCCAUCUAAAAAAAAAAAAAAAUGCAGGCAUUAAAGGCAUCAAAAAAAUGAAAU